AUGUGUCGAACGCUUGAAGGUCUCCGAAACCCCGGCUUUCAAAUAGCCUAUGACAAAAACCUUUUCGAUCUGGAAUAUGCAGAUUACAUCGAUCUCGCCUUCGAAGAGGAGGGGAAAGCGUUGGUGUUUUUGGAUGAACUGACCAAAGUCAUCCUAUCCGUUGGGAUACGCUUUGCGCCCAUAAAAUGAUUACCACUGGAUUCAACUGGAACAGGUGAUGCACGUGAUAGCGUUUCUACUGCUGAAAGCAAUCCAGCUGUGGUCCACGCGAUAACCAAUAUUCUGGUUACUUUGUGCUGUGCGUCUAGCAACCUAACGCACAGCCUCCUAGCCAGCGAUGGGCAGUUUGCUACCACAUUGGCGAUGCUACUUCAGCGCAGCGAAGACGAGUCCGUUGUGUUGAGCGUUUUACGUUUGGUCAACAUACUAUUGGUUCUGUUAUAUCAGAAUCCAAAUGAAACAGCCAAAAAGUCUCCACCUAUGUCUGAAACAUUGUGUGAAGUAACUCCAAAGGCGACAUCUCUCACAACAGCUCUUCCUGAAACGCUGACCUCCAAGUUAGAUGAGGUAGGCAGUGAAAAGGUUGAAAACGCUUCAGCGAUUGGCGGUGAGCCGGAAGUAAAUACAACUAUUUCGACCAAGGUCGGUGAGACAUCUGCGGCCACGUUACUGCUGCCAACCGAUAGAGAUGUCCUACAUAGACCAAUUAUCGAAGCCAUCAAACGUCAGGAUUUGGAAUCAGAACCGAUACAACUCUCAAAAUAUGUAAGACGCGCUUUAAAUUCGAUUGCCUUCCCUGCAUUGCAAGUGGCGCGUCCCGUGACUGCCUUCCAGGCAUACGACCUUACACUUUGUGCGUGCAAAGAGCAUGCCAAAGGACGGGAUGACUUUGGUCAGUUCAUCUUUGAAGACGAGGACAAUGUUACCCGGCUGUUCCAAAUUCGACACGGCUUUCGUCAGCUGCUAUCUAAACACCUGGAUUUUGAAGGCGUAGUGCUCGCCCCGUCAUCUCGUCGAUUGCGAAAGAACCUCACUUACCGGCAGUUUCAUCUGAAUUGUCACUUUCGAGCCCUGCGUGUUGUUUCUGUCCCUCCGUUUGCCGAGUCCAUCACUGAAGGGGACAUCGUCUGGAAAAAGGCUGUCGGCGAUCGCGUGGACUCGGAUGAAGUGGUCGCAGAAAUAGAAACGGACAAAACUAAUGUUCCUGUUCACGCCCCUUGUGCCGGGAUCAUCAAGGAGCUUCUCGUAGAUGAUGGUGGAAAGGUUGUUGCAGGCCAAGAAGUACUCAAAAUUGAAGAAGGGGCUGUUGCCUCCGCUGCCGCUGAUACUGCACCUCCUGCCUCAAUGACAUCACCAUCAUCGCCGCCGCCGCCACCACCCUCGCCACCGAAAGCUCCCGUGGUAGAAACAACUGUAGGUGAUAAAAAGGAAUCGCCAAAGGCUCCGCAACCCCCUUCUACAAAGGUGCCCACACAGACUAAGCUUACACAAGCAGCACCCUCUACUGGUGAACGUGGUGAGCAACGUGUCAAGAUGAGCCGCAUGCGGCUUCGCAUAGCCCAGCGUCUAAAGGAUGCACAGAAUACUUGCGCCAUGCUUACAACGUUCAACGAGAUUGAUAUGACGAAUAUGAUUGAAUUACGCCGUCAAUAUAAGGAUGUGUUCGAAAAACGUCACGGAAUCAAACUGGGCAUUAUGUCAACGUUUGCGAAGGCAUCUGCUGUCGCGUUGCAGGAUCAGCCUGUUGUGAACGCGGUCAUUGAUGGUGGGGAUAUAAUCUAUCGCGACUACAUUGAUAUCAGUAUUGCAGUAGCUACCCCUAAGGGCUUGGUAGUGCCUGUUUUGCACAAUGUCGAGAAGAUGAGCUACUAUGACAUAGAACGUGAAAUUGUCGAACUUGGCAAACGCGCCAGAGACGGUACCUUAGCCGUGGAGGAUAUGGACGGAGGGACGUUUACCAUCAGUAAUGGCGGCGUCUAUGGUUCUUUAUUCGGAACUCCCAUCAUCAACCCUCCACAAUCGGCCAUACUAGGUAUGUAUGGAGUUUUUGACCGUCCCGUGGCCAAGGAUGGACAGGUUGUAGUCCGACCCAUGAUGUACGCAGCGUUAACAUACGACCAUCGCCUGAUUGAUGGACGCGAGGCAGUUACCUUCCUUCGAAAAAUAAAGCAGUUUGUGGAAGACCCACGUACUUUUUUCCUCCAAAUUUAA